AUGUCUUCUUCCAACGCCAGCCAGCAGAGAGAUAGAAUAUCUACACAGCAAUACCAAUGUGAUCAAUGUGUCUUGUUUUUUGAUAACUACCAGAAGCUGCAAAACCACAAGAGAAUUCACAGAGGAGAUUCAGCAACAAUGACUGAAAUUGACCAGUCUAUUCUGGAUGAUGUUGACAUGUACCAUGACGAAAAUGAUACUAGUAAUGAAGAUGAAUCUGUUAGCAAUUCAGAAUAUACUAUGGAGUCUAUGGAGCUUGAUAAUACUAUUUCAUAUAAGUGCGCAUGUAAUUUUGAGGACAGUGAGGGUGAAGCUCACAUUUACAACAGCAGUCAAAUCAGUACAAAUACUUCUACCAAGGCCGAGUUGAUGAGUAUUCAUCUGUCUCAAUUGAUGCUACAGCAUAGAAUUGCUAGAGCAGCAUAUAGAGACAUUGUUCAAUUUAUAAACACUGUCAUCCGAGACCAUGACGAUAUAAUGAUGGAACCUGGGGGUAAGAUCAGUCAUGGCGAAACUGUUGAUGCUUUGCUCAAGUCAAAGUCAAGUGUCAAGGACCAUGAGUAUGAUGUCUGCUCUAGUGGUUGUCGAUUGUAUGGCAUUAAUUACGACCAGGAAUCUUGUGUUGACUGCAGCAAACCGCGAUACAAGACUGAUCCUGAUCAAGGUCAGACACCAGCCGCCAGUAUGAAACUUAUGUCAGUUGGGGAUAUGCUUUCUCAAAUGUUGGCAGAUCCAGCCACAAGAGAACUCCUCUGUUACAGAGCAAACCGGGAAUCUGUAGCUGGUCAGCUAACCGACAUUUUUGAUGGUGACAAUUACAAGCAGUUGGUGCAGCAGGGCCUGUUCUCCAAUCCCGAUGAUAUUGUCAUUGGGCUUUAUACCGAUGGGUUUGUCAAUCAAAAGAAAGGCAAAAACUCAUAUACCAUCAUUCAUUGCAUAAUAUUCAACCUAGACCUAUCCAUCAGAUGGCAUGGCAUGUACUUUGAUGACAUUUCCGCCCGGUUAAGACCUUUGGAAGACUUCAAAGUAGGCAACCCUUCGAAGAACAUAUACCAGCUGAGCAUAUAUACCCAACUCUCAACCUUCUCUGGAUCAUCAUUUUUUGUAUUAGAUGAACUUCAUUUAAUUGCAAGAGGGAUUGGAAAGCUUGUGUAUGACCUGAUUACCAUCACCCUCACAAAGGAAACCAAAUUUUAUUAUACCCAUCCAGACAAUACCCUCAAUACCACUGAAUACCCUUUUCAUAUACCAAGAGCAGACCUUGUAACAAUUGGAAACUGUAUCACCAGCUCACGAAAAUAUAUACCCACCUCAUUUCAAGGCAGUUUCGACAACGUAUUUGCCAAGAUCGAUGGUACUCGCACAGUGGACUGGCUUGACUUUCUCUUAUACCUUGUCCCCACUUUGGUCGUGCCUUAUUUACCAAAUAGGGCUGUCAAAACAGCUCUAUUAUCUCUCAUGAAAGGUUGCGCGCUUGCCUUGCAAUGGACGUUGACAUCAGAAUUGCUUGAUGAGAUAGAGUCCACUGGCACUCGUUUUUAUAUCAACAAGUCCAGAAUAGUACCCUGUCUCGUAGUGUUUUCCGACCAGUGCAACAUUACCUGGUCCAUAUACCCUAUAUCAUCAAGCAGCAAGGCCCCCUGCAAUGCUACUCCACUCGCUCAAUGGAGAGACACGGCAAUCAGCAUCUGUGAUGAAAUCAACCUCAUUCGGCCAAAGCCAUAUGGAAGAGAGAGCUACAUGGACCUUCCUAAUGAUCCUAGUGGUGUGCAGUUGUGGGAGCCGUUUCAUCAGUUUGUUAAUUUGAACAAUGAUUCGGUGGAAGGUGUAGGCAGCCCUAGUGUGAAGGAAGCUUUAUUGAAAUACUACCAGAGAACAACAGGCUUGACUGGCCAUGAGUUUGGUGACUCUGUUGUUGUUGUAGCUGCACGUCUGUGGAUGGACUCGACUGUAUAUUCCUCAUGCAUGUACCGAAGAAAGAAAAACGAGACCAGCCGUGGCAACCAUUACGUGAUGUUUACUUGCCCCUAUAGAAACAACCGUAAUGUAAUUGUUCACAGCUGGCUCAUCGGUACAGUACAGUUCUACUUUCAGCAUGUAGAUUUCUAUGGCUUUCCACACUUUCUUGCUUUCAUGGAGAUCAUGAAGGAACAUGACGCGGCUGGCCAUGACUCAUCAGUACCUAUCAUCAAACAACGGUCACAAAGCACCCGUAUACUAGGCCAUCAAACGCAACCAACUUAUGCAGUUAUAAGUGUAAAUGAUAUUUGUCAUCAAGUUGGUCUGAUCCAAUACCCACUGAAUGGAAACCAGUUUUAUGUAAUCGCACCCUAUUAUAUCUUUAACAACAACAUGCGCAUUACUAAAGGCAAUCUUUCCAUUCUGUAA